CGACGGGAGGACUUGGUGAUGCAGGAUGGCUUACUGAUGUUUUGUCGGGCGGCAGAUGAUGGAUAGAUUGUGUUGAAGUAUUUGCAAUUCUAUUUUGAGUGAUGGGUUGUAUGGCUUCAACUUAUUAUAUAUAGGAGGCUGUAUUCGCUCCAUCUGCUUUAUCCUCAUCACUCAGAUAUCAAACAAUCAUCUCUACUACAGCAACAGCCUCUUCUUUAACACAUCUCUCAGCACUUUCUCCAGCUUCACAGCAUCUCCAUCCUAACAAAAUGGCCAACCUCAACCUCGCAACUCUCGACGCCUCAUUGGCACCCCGCCUCCCCCUCUCCUCCACCACCCUCUUCGACGCCAAAAAGGCGAAGAACCUCUCCUUCGAAGCCAUCGGCGCCGCCAUCGGCCGCAACGAAGUCGCCGUCGCCUCUCUCUUCUACGGCCAGGCCCGCGCCUCCGCCGAGGACAUCAAAGGCCUCUCCACCGUCCUCGACAUCCCACACGACGUGCUCGAAUCGCAGCUCGCAGGCUUCCCCGACCGCGGACGCACCCUCGACCUCCCUCCCCGCGACCCCCUCAUCUACCGUCUCUUCGAGGUCGUCCAGAACUACGGAUACGCCUACAAGGCAGUGCUCAACGAGAAGUUUGGCGACGGAAUCAUGAGUGCGAUCAACUUCUCCACCAAGGUGGAGAGGGAUGUCGAUGAUAAGGGCGAGUGGGCGGUUAUUACCCUCAGGGGAAAGUGGCUUCCUCAUGGACGUUUCUAGACUUUCUAGAUAGAGUAGUGAGUGGGUGACUGGGAAAGUGAAAGUGAAUAUGAGAUAGAUGAUUACGCCAGGCACCUGUGUUGCACAGUGCAAGACAUGAAUUCGCUGUCCAGAUGACUAAUUGGCUUUUGCUUCUUCCACCGCAUUGUAUAUAAUAUUCCAUUUUCAUAGACUGCACAUAAUUAUCGAC